AUGUCCAGUCCUGGGGCGAGUAGCAGUGGAGGAAGCAGUGGGCGCCACCCCGUGUACAAAGGAAUAAGGAGAAGGAAGAGCAGCGGAAAAUGGGUGUCCGAAAUUCGAGAGCCACGAUCACCCAAUAGGAUUUGGCUUGGUACAUUUCCUACCCCGGAAAUGGCAGCAGUUGCUUAUGACGUAGCUGCACUGGCCCUUAAAGGCCGGGAUGUUGAGCUCAACUUCCCGAACUCAGCAUCCUCAUUGCCUGUCCCGGCUACCAACUCACCUCGUGAUAUUCAGGCAGCUGCAGCCUGCGCGGCUGCAGCUCUUGGGGCAGCUGGGGAUGCUUUAGGCGCCCAUGGAGGAGUUGAUAAUAAUAAUAACAGACCGGUUUCCAGAGAGAUAGAAAAUUCAACAUCUUGGAAUAAUAACGAGUUUAUAGAUGAAGAUUUGAUCUUUGAUAUGCCAAAUGUGAUUAUGAAUAUGGCUGAAGGAAUGCUUCUUAGUCCUCCACGUUUCAACCUUCCUGAUGAUGACACUACUGCUGCUGGAUAUACUGCAGACCAAGAUCUCUGGAAUUGUCCCUAA